AUGGCUUGUGGACUUACGCCUGAUCUCGCUCGUAUGUUGGAACAAAUAGCCGUCGAGAAAGAGCGACACGUUGUAAAAGCCGAGCAGACAGUGAUAGAGACUGAGGCAAAUGUAGCGCGUAUAAAGUCGAAAGUAGCAAAAGUAAAAGACAAACAUGAACAAGACGAAGGGUAUGAUUGGACGCGAACAUACGAAAAAUGGGAUGCAUGGGAGGAUCCAGAAGAGAUGAUGAAAUAUGAACAAGAGGCUCGAGACCGCAGUGAACGGGCAAAGAAGAUUCAAACAGGUUGCAAUCAUGACCACUCAGCUGAGCAAAAGUUGAUGGACAUGACGACAAAUGAAAAAGUUAUAGCAUGUGAUGAAUUUCGAGUGCUUGGGAAUCUUUUUUAUCAGCAUGAUACUAAAGAAGAAGAGGUACAAGCAGAUGCUUUAAAACUCAAGUUACUGCUUAACUUUACAGCCUGUCGACUUAAGACAAUGCAUUUAGAUGAUGCUGUGCAUCAUGCUAAUCAAGCGCUUGAGAUUGAUCCAAAGAAUGUCAAGACAUUCUACCGUCGAGCUCAAGCGUACAGACUAAAAGAUGAGUUUGAUCUCGCACAAAAGGAUCUCGAAUGUGCACUUAAGCUUACAAAGGAUGGAGAAUUAUCACAAUCUAUUGAAUCGUUGCUAUUGCAGGAGAAAAAACUUCUCCAUGCAAAAAUGCUCGCGUAUAAACUGCGGACGAAACAAUUGUCAGCUGCAAUGUUUGGUGUGAAUGACAAAAUCAAAGGAUGUGAACAAGUUUAUCGUGAUGAUGCUCGUUAUUUCGGUGCACAUGCAAUGGCGCUCAAUCUUUCAAAUAUCACGACAAGAUCAAAGGUGCCAAGCAACGACUUUCCAUGUCUGGACACCUCACAGCCAUCAAUUCGAGGUCUCACAGAGCUCCAGUCUCUAGUGAACGAGUUCAAGAAAGGACCGAAUAGUAGUGAAGAAUGA